GCGGCUUUUCCCACUUGGAGACACACACUUGUUGUCAUCUUGUGAGCUGUGCUCUAUGUAGUAAAACAACACUUUGAGUGACCUACAUUUCUGCUUUGGUGUUUCCUGAUCUCCUCCCCAUUGCUUCCUGUCUCUCAUCUGUCCUGUCAAAUAAAGGCAAAAAAUGACCCUUCCCCUCUCACCAUCAAAAAAACAACAAACUCUCCGCCUUCAGUUAUCUCUAGUAAAGCUACAACUGUAAGAUUGUAAGAGAUCUAUAACUGCACUACAUAUUUCCUUUGUGACUAGAUUAGAACUGUGGAGUGUUAAUAUUUCACAGUAUUCUGUGAGCUUUUCAGCUGGAAAUGGUCGACGCAUUAUUUGUGCUCAGUUUGUGGCAUAUGAUUGGUGUGUUUACGUUUGCUGUUGAGACACAUGUUUCAGUGAUGACGGGAGAUUCUGUAGUUCUACACAGUGAUGUUAAUGAAACACAGACAUAUGAAAAUAUAGAGUGGAGGUUUGAAAAGAGCCGUAUAGCUAGAAUCAAGAGAGCGAUCAGGAACGAUCCUCAAUAUGAGGAUGAGAGAUUCAGAGACAGACUGAAUCUAGAUCAACAGACUGGAUCUCUGACCAUCAAAAACACCAGAACCACAGACUCUGGACUUUAUCAACUAACUCUCAUGACUGAGGAUAAAGAGUCAAUCAAGAGAUUCAAUGUUACUGUUAAAGUGGCACCAACAACCACCUCACAAGCCCCAGUCCCAAAAACAUCUUCACAGCCUCCAGACUCAGUCUCUGUAUCUCCAAUAGUGUUGAUCUCUGUUGUUGCUGCUGGAUCUCUGCUGACUGUAGCUGCUGUUGGGAUCUUCUGCGUUUGCAGGAGACAAAGAAAAACAGAACAACAGGUCCAGAACCAUGAUGAAGAAAUAACUUAUGCUGAUCCAACAUUCUACACACGAAAAGCACAAAAAGCGAGUGUUCAACAGGAGGAUGAGGUGGUGUACGCAGGUGUCGUCACGAGACGUUAAUCAAAUUGUUCAUGAUAAAUUUGUCUUGUUUUGUAUAACAAUUAAAGCCAUGUACACACUGCAGCUAAAUUCAGAAUCGUGUUGCUUCAUCUCUGCUUUUUUGACAUGACUGAAUGUUAUUGCUGCUUUCCCAGGAUGCUAAAUAUAAAGAUGUCUUUCUCACAACUACGCAUCUAAGUACAGUCAUCAUAUCGACCAACAGAAGACAUUUCGAGUCAGAACGAAACCUGACAUGGCCGAGUUCUUUAGAUCUGUAAGGAAAUGUGGUUUUGAUCUGAUAGAUUGACAAACAUCUUGUAAAAAAGUUUCUUUGAGCCUCUUCCUGUCCUGCUAACCACACAGACUGAUUUCCUUUUACAUGACAAAUACUAUAGUGUUAAAUGGGUCAAAGGCAAAUGAAGAUGCCCAAGAUGUUGAAAAUAAUGCAUAUAAUAAAUAAUGUACUUCAUUUGCUGAUUAUUUGUUGGAGAACAAAAGGUUUGAAUUGUGUGAGAUGUGUAAUGUGACAUUUUGUGAAACUGAUUGGCUAUAUGCUUCAACAUUAUUCAGUGAAAAUGGCAGAACUCUGUUAUUGUAAUGGUAUAAAUUUGAUUUUGUCCCAGACGUUGACAAAUAAAAACAGUAUAUGUUUUUCUGCACGAAGGUACGCUGCAGGACA